CGUGGCCGCGUCAUCACCUCUCGCAAGGGCUUGUGGAAGGGUGGCCCUUUCAAGCCGCUGACCGAAGGGAUGGCGCGCACCGGUGGCCGCAACGCCCACGGCGUCAUUACUGCGCGGCACCGAGGCGGCGGGCACCGCAGAGUGUAUCGGGCCAUCGACUUUGCGCGGCCACAGGGCACGGCGGCGGCAGUAGUUGAGCGGCUGGAGUACGAUCCCAACCGCACCGCCCACAUCGCCCUGGUGCGGCACAAGGGGGGUGCGGCCGCCGCGGCGCUGCGCCACCAGUACAGCUAUUUCCUGGCGCCCCAGGACGUCAAGGAAGGCGACCUGCUGCACUCGGGCGCCGAUGCACCCAUUCGCCCCGGCAACACGCUGCCGCUGUCGGCCAUCCCUGUGGGCAUGGCGGUGCACAAUGUGGAGCUGCGGCCCGGGGCGGGGGGCCAGCUGGCACGAGCCGCAGGCACCGCGUGCACGCUGGUUAAGAAAGGCGACGACGGCUAUAGUGUGGUCAAGCUGCCCUCCGGCGAGCAGCGGUUGGUGCUAUCUCGCUGCAUGGCCACCAUCGGGGUGCUGUCCAACCCGCAAAACAAGAACGUGAAGCUGGGCAAGGCAGGCGCAUCGCGGUGGCUGGGGCGGCGGCCACGCGUGCGCGGCAUUGCCAUGAAUCCAGUGGACCAUCCGCACGGCGGCGGGCGCGGCAAGAGCAAGGGGCGCAUCAGCCAGACGCCGUGGGGCAAGCCCACCAAGGGGUACCGCACCCGCCACAACCCCCGCACCGACUGGGCCAUCCGGCAGAGCCGG